CCUUAAAAUAUCAACAAAAACGAGUAUAAAUUAAAAUUAAUUAUUUUCACUGACAUCAUUAGUAAAAUGUAUAUUAAAAGAGGAGCAUUAAUUGUUUUUGAAGGCUGCGAUCGUGCUGGUAAAACAACACAAUGUAAGACGCUUGUACAAAGGCUACAGAAUAAAAACAUGAAUGUCAAAUUUAUGAAUUUUCCAAAUCGUAAAACAACAUCCGGGAAAAUAAUUGACGAGUAUUUAAGGAACAAGACUAACCUGUCAGAUGAAGGAAUUCAUUUGUUGUUUACAGCAAAUCGAUGGGAAGCAAAAAAAGAAAUGGAAAGUGAGCUUAAAUCUGGGACAACGAUAAUAGUCGACAGGUAUUCUUAUUCUGGAGUGGCAUUUACAGCAGCAAAAGGGCUAGAUUUUGACUGGUGUAAAGCUCCAGAAAAGGGACUCUUGAAGCCAGACAUGGUUAUUUACUUGACAUUGACAACGGAAGCAAUGGCAAGAAGGGGGAAUUUUGGUGAGGAACGUUAUGAGACAUCAGAAAUACAGAAAAAUGUGAAGAAAAUGUAUGAGAGGAUGAUAGAAACUCCAUUAUGGCGAGUUGUGGAUGCUGAUAAAACUGAGGACGAAUUAGCUGAUGAACUUGAAAAACUGAUAUUAACAAAAAUUGACGAUACUGGUGACAAACCACUGGAUUUACUUUGGUGAACUUAAUAUGAUUAUAUCAACUUAUGAGGAAAGCUUUAUUUCUUAUUUUUUUAAUAAUUUUGUCAAUAAUUGACAUCUAGUUUAAUUAAGUAAUAAAAGUUUAUGAAUAUUAUGAGCCAAUUGCUUUUAUUAUGCGAGGUUUUAGUGAUAUUACAGGUAAAAUAGGUUCAUCAACCUUCUCAAUGUCCUUUGUCACCUCGAUUGAUUUCUCUUUAUUUUCAAAUGAUGUGUUUUCAGUUACCAUUAAGUUUCUUGGCAAAGCAGAAAUUAUGCGAGGUUUAUAGUUGUUCUUAUAGGAAAUUAUAUUCCCGCUUUCGUCAAACUUCACAUGUAAUUUUGGCUUCAUAGACAGUUCCAUUAAAGACUUCUUAUAUCUCUUUGUAAAUGGUUCGUCGGGAGUAUAUGCAGCUAUAUCAGCAAUCUUCCUUUUACGCCUCCUUUUUCGUUUACGCUUUCGUUUUUGUGGUUCUUCUUCUUUUAUUAAAGAUGAUUCAGUUCCUUCCGUGCUGCUAGAUUCUUCAGAACUGGAUGAACUUUUCGUUUUCUGAUCAUUUGUGGGUUCUUCUUCAUUCGCACUCUUUUGACUUGGCAACUCCUCACAAUCAAUAGUUGUCGGUACUUUGUCUACUUCAUUAUCAUUUGAAGAUUCUACUUUAUUUAUUUCAACUGUAUUUUCAUUAAUUUCCUUUAAUUCAACAUCUUUAGAGAUUUCGAUGUUUUGACUGUCAAUUUCCAGUUUAUUUAUAUCUGAAGCGAUGGAUGUAUUUGAAUCCUUUGCAGCUACAAUAGAUUCUUUCUCUUCCAUUCUUUACUUUCUCUUAUUUAAUUUGUUUCAUUUGAUUUUAAAGAAAAAUUAUCAAGAGCGAGUAGAAUGUAAACAAAAA